AUGUGGAGCUACUUAUUUGGAGGUAACAAGCAACAGAAGAAGGAGGCACCUAAGAAGGCGAUCGUGGAGUUACGUGAGCAUAUUCAAAUGUUGAAUAAGAAACGUACUCAUUUGGAGCUGCAAAUGUCUGAUCAAGAAUCCAUGGCCAAACGGUAUCUUGCUGGAGGAGAUAAGGGACCCAAGAGUAAAGAGUUAGCUAAGAACGCAUUAAAGAAGAAGAAGGGCUUUGAAGUCCAGUUGGUAAAGAUAGAAAACCAAAUCGACUCAUUGGAAACACAAUUGAAUGCUAUAGAAAGUGCCAACUUGAAUUUGGAAACCAUGAAGGCCAUGAAACAAGGUGCCGCUGCCAUGAAACAAAUCCAUGGCGAAUACAAUGUUGACAAGGUGGAAGAUGCCAUGGAUGAAAUCAGAGAACAAGUAGAAUUGGCUGAUGAAAUCAGUGAAGCCAUUUCAAGACCAGUGGGCACGGAAUUUGUUGAUGAAGAUGAAUUAGAUGAAGAAUUGGCUGCGUUGGAAGCAGAAGCAAAGGAAGAUGCCCAGCAAGUUCCAGUGCAAAAGGUAGAAGCCGCUCCUGCAAAGGUCUUGCCUAAUUUCCCUACUGUUUCAAAGACAGAACCUAAGCCAGUGGAGGAAGAUGAAGAUGAAGAGGCAUUAAGAGCAUUACAAGCCGAAAUGGGAUUGUGA